AUGGUUUUCAUGCACCUAACCAGAGAUGGCGGAACCUUAAAACUUAUCUGCUUAUUAGAUGCUGUUCCUACAGGAUCCUCGCCGCGAUACACGGGGCACGUCGUGGAAGUUGCCGUCAAAACCACGGAUCCGUACAUGCAAGGCUGCGGCGUUACAUACGAGUCCACUGACCUAUUCAAGCCUGAGACUCCCCAACUCUACGAUGCCAACGAACAACCUCAGUUCGGCUGCAAGAUUGACCUUAAUGCUGCCAAGGAGGCGGCGUUCUACUGCCCGGCACCUUACCUCCUGGACCCACCCAACUGCUUCAACCAAGUAUUACUAGACGGCCUAGUCAUCAACAUAGGUGAACUUAGCAUGUCGCUGGUUUCUUCGCAUUCCAACCACUUCGUAAUUCUGAGGUUCGAUAGUUCUCUUGUAGGACCUGGGGAGACACUGCGCCAGACACCGCCUUUGGAGUGUCGUUGCGUCACCAUAAAGGGUGUCGUCCUCUCAACCAUCCAGAUCGAGAACUAUUACUCUAAAUGA